AUGAAUCCCGUAAUUCCAAGUCACGAUUUGUCGCCUCAUGUGGAUUUUAAUCGGAUUGAAGCAACCUGUGGCGCACAGUAUCGGCGAGAGAAUGCAGCUUUGAGAGCACAAGUGCAUGACCUAAGCGAGUUACUGGCUGCGUUUGAGCUCUGCGAUAUUGAGGAUGAACAUUUGAAAAGUGUACGUGAUCGUGCUUUCCAACGUGAUAUCACACCAGACAUAAAGGUUACAGGUUGCAACCGUGGAGAUUGUCAACUGCAACAAGAGACUCAGAGGAGAGGGCUUUCUGGUGGAAUAAGUGAUUAUAGAACCGCGAGUGAGGAUCUUGGAAAGGUUGGAUGUUUUAGAUGCACUUCGGAGGGUGAGAUUCAUUCUCUUCAACUGCGAGUUGAGGUGCUGGAGCGAGAACUUGCCAACUUGGACCUUCGCCAUAAUCUCCUGCUGACUACUAUUCAAAGAUCUCAGCUCUUAGCAACUGUCCACGGAAACAGACGAGCAGAAGAUAAUGCUUCGAGAGACCAAAAUGGUUGUAAAACCGUCAAGAAGGACAAUGAAAAGAAGACGGAGACGUUUUAG